UGUGGAUACUUGCGGGAUGGCCGGUCUUUUCUACAUGAGCCUCAGACGACUGUCCAGGAGGUUUCCCGUUCUAGCGCCAAAGGCAGCAGUGGUUUGCGAUGAAAUGCUGGCGAGCGCAGCUGGCUUGGAUGUACUACGUCGCGGUGGCAACGCGGCUGACGCAACGCUCGCAAUGGCGGCCUCCAUGCAGGUUUUGCAGCCUUACACCAUGGGACUUGGCGGGGACUGCUUCGCCCUGCACUAUGAGCCCCAGACGAAGAAAGUGCGAUGUGUGGACGGAUGCGGAAGAAGUCCGGCUGCCCUGUCGUUAGAACUCAUGAAGUCCAAGGACCAGCGUGAAUGCUCUUCAGGGGGGCACGUCUCAGGCCUGCAAGCAACAGUGCCGGGGGCAGCAAAAGCGUGGUUUCACAUAGCCCGCCGCUUUGGCUCGGGAAAGAUGACGAUGAGCGAGAUCUUCGCACCAGCAGUGCACUACGCCCAGCACGGAUUCCCCAUGGACCACGUGAAGCAAAGCAUUUGGCAGUUCCGGCAUAAGGCGUUGCUUGAGAUUCCAGGCGGGCAUUACUUCCUGGAUGACCUUUCUCGUGUGCCAGCCCUCGGCCAGAUAAUCACUAACCAACCACUGGCGGCACUGCUGAAGAAGUUCACCCGCGAGGGACCGCAGGCCGUGUACAAGGGCAUCGUAGCCGAAAACAUUGCGGACGCCGUGCGCCGAGCGGGUGGAGUCCUUUCUACUCAGGACCUGGCGGAUCACCUUGAAUCGGUGGAACCUCUCGACGUGGUGCCUGCUUCUACGACGUACCGCGGCAAUGUCAAUGUUCACACGACCCCGCUACCCACCCAGGGGGCCGUGGUGCUACAGGCGCUCAACAUACUCGAGGGCUUUCAAUUGAGAGGUAGCCGUGUGACAGCAUUUCAGUAUGUGGUUUAA